CGACACCGCGCGUUGAUAAUGAACAACUUGCCGCGUCUACUACAAUUCUGCUUGCCACCGCGCAAGUAGCCGCGUACGAUAGUAGUGGUAAUUGUCAUCACAUUCGUGUUUUACUUGAUUCUGCUUCUCAGAGUCAUUUUAUAACUAAAGAAUGUUGCGAACGUUUAGGUAUACAACGUAAACAAAUCGAACGCACAAUUAUAAAGGGUUUCGGUGGAUCGGAGAAGGUACUUAAGGGGUCAGUCGAUUUCGAAUUUCAUUCCCGCUUUAAUUCAAAUAUUAAAUAUAAUAUUUGCUCGCUGGUCGUAGACCAAAUAACGGAUUGUUUGCCGACCGCCGUGGUUGACAGAUCUGCGCUUCCGCAAUUGAAUAAUUUACCGCUCGCGGAUACUACUUUCGCGACUCCUAAUAAAAUAGACGCUUUGAUAGGUGCAUCGCUUUUCCCGCAUUUGUUAUUACCCGAUGUUGGAGGGAGUGACUUCACGUCGGCGCCCGCGCCCGCACCCCGCGCUGUUAACACAGUUUUGGGAUAUGUUAUUAUGGGUUCCGUACCCACUAUUUGUAACGCCGCGGCCUCUUCACUAACUGCUUGCUGCGUAGUUGAGGAGCCAAUUAACACUCUUGUAAAAAGGUUCUGGGAAUUGGAAGAACUUAUCGCUUCGCCCGUUCAAUGUGCCGAGGACGUUGAAUGUGAUGUCUUCUACCGCGCGACCACUGCGCGUGAUCCCACUAGUGGUCGAUAUAUUGUUGGCUUACCGUUCUGUGAGGACGUCUUCUCGCUUGGUGAAUCUUAUGAUAUUGCCCGCAAGCGCUUUCUGUGUUUAGAAAGAAAGUUAGAAGCUUUACCUAAUUUGAGAUCUGCUUAUGAUGAAGUCAUCACUGAGUACAUCGAUAAAGAGUACAUAUCGCCCGCACCUUCUGACGACUCUAGUAAGUCGCUGUUACCCAUGUAUGUUAUUCCGCAUCACGGAGUUGUUCGGGAGGACAAAGCUUCUACUCGCUUACGCAUCGUUUUGGACGCCAGCAGUAAGACUGGUUCCGGACGCUCUUUAAAUGACGUCCUGCACAGUGGACCGAAUUUACAAGGCCAUCUUUUUGAGAUCAUUUUAAACUUUCGCAUUUACCCUGUCGCUUUAACGGCUGAUUGUCGUCAGCAGUUUCUCCAGAUCGUUAUGCGAGACAUCGAUCGUCGCUAUCAACGCAUUCUUUACCGCUUUAAUCCACAAGACCCGCUUGUUCUUUACGAGUUCAACCGCGUUUGCUUCGGCUUGAAGUCUAGCCCGUACCAUGCACUGCGCACGGUACAGCAGCUUGUCUCCGAUGAUGGUUCUAAAUAUCCGCGUGCGAGCGAGAUAGCGUCCAAUGCGCUUUACAUGGAUGACAUUGCGUUCUCUGUAAUGAAGGCGAAGGAUGGCGUCGCCGCCUCUAAGGAACUCAUCGACUUGUUCAAGACAGCUCAGUGGGACUUGGUCAAGUGGAAUAGCAACUCGCAGACGGUUUUAGAUUCUAUUCCCGCUUCGCACAAACUCACUAAAGAGGUCGAGUUUGAUAUAUCCAUGCAGCACAAAAUACUGGGCUUGCAUUGGUCCACGCAAUCUGAUUAUUUUUAUUUUCAAGUCGCGCCUCGCGAGCAGGAUAAGUGUACUAAGCGCACUAUCCUCUCCACUAUUGCCCGCUUGUGA